AUAAAAGACCGAGAAGAAGAGGACAGAGAACCAGUGAGAGAAGAGAGACCUUAACCACACACAAAACUCUCUCUCAAUCCGCCAUUAAAACACCAAAAAAAGCUUUUGCUUCGAUUCAAUCCCAAGUCAGUAAAAAUAGGGUUACCAGAAGAACCCCACCGUAAUUCCACAGAGGAACUGCACAGUUCGCGUUCCUGCUGCGGCUUGAGGAGGAAGAAGAGCAGUAACGGUAACAGAGACCACCACAAGGAGGAAGAGAAACCGAAGAUGCAGCCAACAGAGCCUGCUCAGCCUCAGAGCCAGCAGAUGAAGAGCUUGAGCUUUAGCAGUCAGAUGUCUAGAGAAGACGAGGAGAUGGCUCGCUCUGCUCUCUCUGCUUUUAGGGCUAAAGAGGAUGAGAUUGAGAAGAGGAAAAUGGAGGUUCGUGAACGGGUCAAGGCUCAGCUGGGUCGGGUUGAGGAGGAGACCCGACGUCUCGCUAACAUCCGCGAGGAGCUUGAGACUAUGGCAGAUCCCAUGAGGAAAGAAGUUUCUUUGGUGCGAAAGAAGAUUGAUAGCGUCAACAAAGAACUCAAACCAUUAGGCGCAACAGUUCAAAAGAAGGAAAGGGAAUACAAAGAAGCAUUGGAUACAUUCAACGAGAAGAACCGUGAGAAAGUUCAGCUGAUCACCAAGCUAAUGGAGUUGGUUGGAGAAAGCGAGAAGCUGAGGUUGAAGAAGCUUGAAGAGCUUAGCAAGAGCAUAGAAACCGAGUGAAGACUGUGUCACAGAGAAGAAAGACAUGCCAAUGAAGAACUAAUCUUAGGGUUCUGAUGUAUCUAUUUAUUUAUUUUUCAUGAAGUUCGUGUGUUUUUUUUUAGUUUGUGGGUGUUUUAUGUUAUUUUUUCUAAAUGGAUUUGAUUUGUAGAAGUAUGAUGGGGUGUUUUAUGUUUUUGAUUAACCAAAUUAGGGAAGGUUAAUGGGAUAAUGCUUAGGUACUGAAUGCUAAAGGGUUUGUAAGUUUGAAUUAUCUUUUUCUUGCUUUUUAAAUGUUUUUAUUUA